AUGACCUCAAAAGAUUCAUUGGGGGAUCGAACGAUCGAUAAAACCCGCAUCAACAACGAUCGUGAGUCCGCGAAUAGAAUGAUCAAGAUGGCGUAUAAACUCUCACGGUAUUCUUAUUUGAAGAAGAAGAAGAAGAAGAAAAGAGAAGAAGAAAGAGAAAACGUGAAAAGAGUAGCCAUCAUGCCGAAGGUGAAAACGAACCGGGUCAAUUAUCCAGAUGGAUGGGAGCUGAUCGAGCCCACGCUCCGCGAGCUGCAGGCCAAAAUGAGGGAGGCCGAGAACGACCCACACGACAACAAGAGAAAAUGCGAGGCCCUUUGGCCGAUCUUCAAGAUCGCGCACCAGAGGAGCCGAUACGUUUUCGAUCUCUACCACCGGAGGAAGGAGAUCUCGAAGGAGCUGUACGAUUUCUGUCUGGAUCAGGGGUACGCCGACCGCAACCUGAUCGCGAAGUGGAAAAAGCCCGGCUACGAGAGGCUCUGCUGCCUGAGGUGUAUGCAGCCCAGGGACCAUAACUUUCAGACCACUUGCAGUGCGUGCAUUGCGGCUGUGGGGGCUGUGCGAGUGGAGAUUGAGGAUCUUGUUCCGAACUGUGUUGAAAAUGCUGGUGAUGAAAAGAGUAUUGGCAAGAGCUGCAACAACAAAAAAUGCGCGUCCAUGUUUGCUAAGAAAUUGCUGUUUGGUUCUUGUGUACAUCCUGUGUAAUAUGGAGCGUUGGGAUCUGAUACAAUUGAAGUUUUUGUACUAAUGUGGUAUCCAAAUAGAGAUAUUCUCUUGGUUCUUGUAUUUAUGAAAAAUAAUGUUAUUUGAUCCCCCUUCGAAAUUGACCUACAAAAUUGUAGUGCAGAUCUGUUGUUUGUUUAUGUGAGGUAGAUUUGUUUAAUGCACAAAGUUGCCCUUGAAAUGAAAUUUCUCUACUGAUUUUGUCUCAUAUUCUUGUAAGCAUGGUCUGAUGAUUGAAGCUGGAUGAGCUGUGGGGACGGCCGUGACCUCCGCGUAUUGGGUCGGCCGGAUAGGACAAAAGAAAAAAAAAAGUGACUUUUU